AUGGUAAACCGGAAAUGUAUUACGAUACUUUGCUGGACUUUUAAGAUUGCGAAUGAGGCAGCGAAAGCAUUAUUGGUUUUACUGUUCAUAAACCGGGACGUUUAUUAUAUGAUGUUUUCAGCAGUAUCGGCAUAA